CCUAGCGAUCCCGGAAGAGUCAAAUAAGGCGUAUUUUUUAUUUUUCCGCACAUCCGUGUUUGCUCUAUAGCUGGAAACAGAGUGAGUUGCACGUGGAGUUGAACCUGCUUUCCCUCUGCUGAAUAACACAACAAACUUUCCUUCAUGAGGAUAUUUUUCUGGAACUUUGGAUCUCAUUGGUUUGACAUUUAAGAGGAAUUUUAAAUUAAGGAGCCCGAAGAAGCCAGAGCCGAUCACCGGGAGAUCUACACCUCCUCCGUCCGUCCAGACUCCGGUCUGCCCCCCCUGUGCUUCUAGCAUGAUGUCUUAUCUCAAACAGGCCCCGUACGGCAUGAACGGACUGGGCCUGAGCGGAGCUGCCAUGGAUCUGCUGCACCCGUCUGUGGGAUAUCCCGCAAACCCGCGGAAGCAGCGCCGGGAGCGAACAACCUUCACCCGGACUCAGCUCGACAUUCUGGAGUCGCUAUUCGCCAAGACGCGCUACCCGGACAUCUUCAUGAGGGAGGAGGUGGCGCUGAAAAUCAACCUGCCGGAAUCCAGAGUGCAGGUCUGGUUUAAGAACAGACGAGCAAAGUGUCGGCAGCAGCAGCAGCAGCAGAGCAGCAACAGCACCAAGGUGAAACCAGUGAAGAAGAAGUCAUCUCCAACCAGAGAGAGCACCAGUUCAGAGAGCAGUGGGCAGUUCACUCCGCCAGUAGUGUCCAGCUCCUCCUCCACCACCUCUUCCUCUUCAUCCACCUCCUCUACCUCCUCUGUCUCCUCUGGUCUCAGUGGACCUGGUCUGAUUAGCACUUCUACCUCCAUCACUGCUCCAGUGUCAUCCAUCUGGAGUCCAGCGCCUAUCUCACCAGCACUGGCACCAGCUCCUCUGCCUGACCCUGCCGCCCCUACCAGCGCUUCCUGCAUGCAGCGCUCUGUGUCAUCAUCUGCCACGGGGGGAACGCCGUCUUAUCCGGUUUCCUACAGCCAGACGGCAGCAGCGUACAGCCAGGGUUACCCGGCUUCAGCAUCGGGAUCCUACUUUGGUGGUGUGGAGUGUGGCUCGUACCUGGCACCCAUGCAUUCCCACCACCACCCACACCACCCUCACCAGCUCAGCCCAAUGACCGGCAGCUCCAUGUCAGGACACCCGCACCACCACAUUAGCCAGACAGCAGGACAUCACCAUCAUCACCACCACCCACCGCACCACCACCAAGCGUACAGCGCACCCGGCCUCACCUUCAACUCCACAGACUGUCUGGAUUACAAAGAGCAGACGGCAGCUUCAGCCUGGAAACUGAACUUCAACUCCUCCGACUGUUUAGACUACAAAGACCAGGCCUCAUGGCGUUUCCAGGUGCUGUGACUUCCUGCAUUUCUCUUCUUCUGUGCUUUUAAAGAAGCAUUCCUUUUGUUGUUGGUGGUUUAUUUCUGAAGAUCCUUUAAAGUAAAAGUAGAGACAUUAAAAAAAAAAAAAAAAAGAGUUUAUUUGUGAACCAACUGAAAUGAUGCGCAGAUACGUGACACCAGGCCUCAACGUGGACUGUGUGGUUUUCAGUGGAGUGACUCAUCCGGGAUUAUUUUUCUACUCCAAGAUUCAAGACAAACUGACCCAUGUAAAACUUUUGAAGGCCUUUAUUAAUAAAACUUCAAUGGAACUUUGACUAUUCUUUCUUCAAAAGAAAUAAAAGCAUCAGCUCUGAGAUUCAUUCACAUCAGACUCUUGAGUUUGCGUUUCUAAAAUCUGAACCAGGAUGCUGCUAUAAUUUUACACCUUGAAUCCUGUUCAGAAACUGUGCGUGUUGUAUUUUGGAGACUGAAUUGCAGCACUUGUUUGUGAGGUGACAGAUUCUGCUAUUUGUACUUUGCAGAGAAAAAUGUGAAUUAGACACGAGAUGUUGGUAUUCCACUGAAAUUUGA